AGUAAUAGGCACAGGCUCAGGGCACAGGUCUGUGGAUUACUUGCUCUGUGGUCUGUGGCACAGGUACUUAAUAGGUGUAGAUCCGUUAUGUUGGUAUUAAUAUAUAUUGGAUUUGCGAGACGUCAAUCGUCAUUCGAAACAUAGGUAUAUGGCGUUUUUACAGUUCCUACGCAGGAACUUAGUCAGCAUCACAUUUCCUACGCUAGCUGCUACGUUCAUCUGGCUUGAUUGGAGCCACACUAGAAAGUGGAAAGCACUGAAGAAGGAGUAAAAUGGCUAUUUUUGGUAUUACAACUCGCUAUGUUUGGUUCGCUGUCCCCAUGACUGGAUUCUUUAUUGGCAAAUACUUGGAUGAUCAGGAAACAUUGAGAAUGACAAAUUUUAGAGAUAAAUCUGCUCUUUAUGGAGGUAGAGUGAAGGAAGGUGAUGCGCCAUCCUGGCCCUAAAUCUAUUUAAAAUUUGUGAUGUAAUAUUUCUGUUAAAUAAAUGUAGUACACGGUA